AUGGCGCUCAUAUCUGCCAAAACGAUCAUAACAUCCGUCUCCCUUUUCCAUAUUACCCUCGCAUACUUCUUCAUCACCAAUCCAAGCUCCAUCAAUGAGCAAGCGCUGGUCUUCAUGCUAGGAGAAAGCAUGGGAAUGCCUCUAGCAAGAGGGUUUGAACUGCAAAGUCCUCCACUCGCAUUCCUCGCCGCUGUUCUCGUCUUCGUCGGCUUUAGUGAUCUGGUAUCCCUAUCCAUGCCAGAUGAAGUCUGCCUGAUAUUCCACUGGGGUACACAAGCUCCCCUGCGAUCGUUCCUCUCCCUCGGUUUCGUCGUCUACAUAUUCCUGUUUGGCCCAUCGUCUCCCAUGUACGACAAGUCCUCUCGCAGCCACCUGUCGCAUCCGAGCUCGUAUAACCCAUCAUAUCGCCCUGCUGGCUGGGGCGGCGACAUGCUAAAGAACCGCCUAUUCUUCACAUUCAUCUUUAUUGAAACAAUGACAUGGUUCUGGGUUUGGAUCACGUUACGCGAAGAGCGAGAGGCAAUACUGAACAAGAAGUCUCGAAGACGAAGCCACUCGCACUCUUUCUAG